CUGCAAGGUGGUCUCUGGGUCUAGUGGGUCCGCUCAGGCUCUAAGUUCACGCACCAUAUAGUUUGCUGAAGAAGUGGUGUAGUUAUUUAAAGGCGUGCACCCGACAAUCGCCUCAGCUUUUGUUCACUUGCUCCGCCGAGAUGACGAUCCUCCAGCCGUGCUUCCUUGUGUCCUUCGUCCUCUUUCCUGCCGCUGUUUGGGCGACUACCGACUCCUCAUCCUCCGCCAGCCAGGACUCCUUCGUGCCUCGUGAGAUCAAGAUGGUGUUUGACAACUGCAUGGCGCGGACAUCGCCAGGCUACUGUUUGCAGAAGAAGAUGCUGGACUUCCUGGACCGCGCGCUGACUAGAGAGCAGAUUCCGCUGGCGGAGGGAUUCACACUGGCCAGGACCAACGAUGCCAACUACACUGACGCGGAAGCGGAAGCGGCGACCGCGCGGCACGGCACCGCCAGCAUAGAGCAGCAGAUUUGGAGCAAACUCGACCGAUUCUUCAACACACGCAGUCUCUCCAUCAGUUUAGCCGAAGAAGGACGAGGCAAGAAGAAGAAAGAGUACGCGCUAUACGUGGUGGCAGUGGUGACCGCACUCUCCAUCCUUGUUCCACUCAUGCUGAAAGGCCUAGCUCUGCUCGCAGGCAAAGCGCUGCUGGUGGCCAAGACGGCCCUUAUGCUGGCCGGUCUGGCCGCAAUGCGACACUUCUAUCACCAGUCGCAGCACCAUCACGACACGGCGGUCCUGUCGGACGGCACCCACCUCAGGCGGGUCUACCUGGCGGCUGACGAGGCCCAAGCGCACAACUCCGCCUACAGUGCUUAUGCCCGCUGAUUCUCUGUGUCUAGUCCAUCUGUUAUUAUUUAUUCAAUAAAAUUGCCUUCAAAAUAAUUUCAAGAACAAUAUAGUUUCUUCAAUUCAUUUUUUUCGUAGCCUUUCGUGGAUACUUGUCUCUAUGAAAACUGCUUAUCUCUGUGGGAACUUGUUCCUGUGAGAAAGGCAUUUAUAGAAGUACUUGUUCCUAUGAAACUUUGUCUCCAAUAUCGUCACUAAUAUCUUUGACACUAAUAUCGUCUAAAAACACUACUUGUCUCUGUGAAACAUCCCUGAUACUUCUAUAGUGUGAUUCACGUUAUGAAGUCAGUGAACUGUAUACGUGGGGGUACCCCAAAAAUAGUAUUUCUCUCAUUCUCUUCCUUCUUUCUAAAAUUUAAUUAUGUUCAAGAUUACUGUUCAAGGCAAAAUGGGUUUCUCCGUGUCGUCUCCAUUAAUAAAAAUGAUUGAA